AUGAAGGACAGAUUAGAGGAACUGAAGAACCACAUUAGCCAUGGAAGAGUCCCCUCAGAGUUGGAUGACACCUUGAUGUUUGACAACCAUGCUUUUGAGAAGAGUGAAACAAACCCCAUAGAAAAGUUUUUACAGGAAGUAGCUGAGCUGUCCCUGGCACUGGCUGAGUUAGAAGGGCUGUCUCAGUUAAUAGACAAGAAGCAGCAAGGUGUCCUGUGUUGUACCACAGAGGAGAGUGUGUUCAAGGAGAAGAAUGAAUUGAAUACCAUAAAAGCUUCCUUUGCCAGCCAAGCCCGGCUCAUUCAGCCUCAGCUAAGCACCAUCCAGGAUGAGUUGGCCACAGACUGUAAGUACUGGCGGGCUGAGCACCGCAUUCGUCAGAGCCAGCUCUCUUUUCUCCUUAGUUACUACCGUGACAUCAUCAGCCACCACUAUGCCUGUGAGACUCAGAAUCUGGUCAGGCUGAAGGAGAAGAUGGUGAGACAGGCAGAACUAGCUGGGGUGAAGCUCCAGGAAGAGGAUCUGGAGAAACUGGUGGCGAACCCUGUGCCUCCUCAAAUUGUGGGUUGUGAUCUAGAUGUUUUGAAAGCUAAGCAGCAGGGCCUGGCUCUGGCCGAAGUACGUCAUCAGCAGCUGCUGGACCUUGAGUACCAGAUCAGUGAAUUGCACACCAUCUUUUUCCAAGUAGAAAUGUUCAUCUCAGGACAGCAAGAGUUGCUGGAUAGUAUUGAGUACAACAUUUUGCACACCCAGGACUAUGUUGAACAAUCAAAUGAGACAGUGAAGAAAGCCCUUAAAUAUAAGCGCCAAUCACGCUUUUUGAUGGUGGUAUCAACUGUGGCAGGCCUGUGUGCCUGCUGUACAUGCUUGUCCGGUAUCACUGGGCCUGUGCAUUGA